AUAGACGAAAAAUUUGAAAAAAUGGGGCGAUUCAUCUAUCGCAUAAAUGGUAACGAACCAAAAAUUGAUAAUGUUUCAGCAGAUGAAAUUGAGAAGAUAAUUGCCGAAGAUGAUGCUUACAUGGCUAAGGAAGAAGAAAAUGUCGAUAGGAGAUUGCGAAUCCGCUUACGCCAAUCAGGUAUUCCAAUAAUCGGAGAUAACGCGGAGUUAAUUGCCGAGGAUAUUAAAAACGAGAAUGAGUAUAUUGCCGCAAGGAAUGAAAAACUCCGUGAGUUAAAGACAAAAUCAAAAAGGAAGUCCUGCCCGUUUUCCUCGCUUUGUUCAAAGAAGAAUGAGUGACCGGACACAAGCAUC